AUGCCACAGAAAGAUUUUAGAAGUCAAACAAGCUGGGAGACUGGUGUGGCCUCCAUGAUGCAAAACAGUCACAGUGGAGUAAACCAGCUGGGAGGUGUGUUUGUGAAUGGGAGACCUUUACCUGAUUCUACCAGACAGAAGAUAGUGGAGCUGGCACACAGUGGAGCACGACCCUGUGACAUAUCCAGAAUACUACAGGUGUCUAAUGGCUGUGUGAGUAAAAUCUUGGGCAGGUAUUACGAGACAGGUUCAAUCCGUCCUCGCGCCAUAGGAGGGAGUAAACCCAGGGUGGCCACUCCAGAGGUGGUAGGGAAGAUCGCUCAGUACAAGAGAGAGUGUCCGUCCAUUUUUGCCUGGGAGAUCAGAGAUCGACUGCUGGCAGAGGGAGUCUGCACCAACGAAAAUAUACCCAGUGUUUCAUCAAUAAAUCGAGUGCUCAGGAACCUAGCCAGUGACAAGCAGCAAAUGGGCCCAGUGGGAGCUGAAGGGAUGUUUGACAAACUCAAGAUGCUCAAUGGACAAACCCCCUGGGGAGGACGCUCGGGAUGGUACGCUGGGACAGCACUCACUACUGCUGAGUGUCAACGGGCAGAGGGGGAGGAUAACACAAUAUCUGUCAGUUCCAACGGUGAAGACUCAGAGGAGACUCAGAUGAGGCUCCAGCUGAAGAGGAAACUACAGAGAAACAGAACGUCUUUCACACAGGACCAGAUAGAAGCAUUGGAGAAAGAAUUUGAAAGGACUCACUAUCCAGAUGUGUUUGCCCGAGAACGCCUUGCCAACAAAAUAGACCUUCCAGAGGCAAGAAUACAGGUUUGGUUUUCCAACAGACGUGCAAAGUGGAGAAGAGAAGAGAAGCUAAGAAAUCAACGUCGUCAGAUAUCCAAUUCCUCCAACCAUAUUCCCAUCAGCAGCAGCUUCAACACCAGUGUUUACCAGUCUCUAACACAACCUACUACACCAGUGUCCUUCUCAUCAGGGUCCAUGUUGGGAAGGUCAGAUCCAGUUCUGUCCAACAGCUACAGCCUACCAGCUAUGCCCAGCUUCAGUAUGGCUGCCAGCCUGCCUAUGCAAGCACCCAGCCAGACCUCUUAUUCCUGCAUGCUGCCCACCAGCCCCACCACUGCAAAUGGAAGAAGUUAUGAAACAUACACUCCUCCUCACAUCCAGCCACACAUCAACAGCCAGUCAAUGGCAUCCUCUGCAACAUCCUCAACAGGUCUGAUUUCCCCUGGUAUCUCAGUUCCAGUCCAAGUUCCAGGAAGUGAAGCAGACAUGUCACAGUACUGGCCACGUCUGCAGUGAUGUCAUUUCUCAUGGAAAUCAUUCUUGCCUGCAGUGAUCAUCAGCAGUGUCAUCAAAGCCUAACCCUGCUUUACAGCUUGAAUGUCAAAAAGGACCUGUCAUUGACUGAAACAGACAACACAGCAAAUGAAUAUAAGAAAAUUACUGUCAUGAAUGCUUGCGAUAAAACUUUCAAACCAAAUUCCAGUGACUAGCUGGACAGAAGGCGUUUGAGUACUAAUUCAACUACAGCUGAAUUAAAGGUUGGGGAGUUCUCUUUCCGCAUCAUCUCCAUCAGCUUCCAUUCAAAGUUUGGCUGGUGAGGACACUGGCAAUAGCCAAGAGUGAAAAGCUCUAGCCUGAGCUAUACUCAGGAAGCUCAAGAAGGUGGACUGUCCUUUGGUAAUAAACUCCAGACAGGAAUAAACUGCUCAUUGUCCAUUUGGACAUUCUGU